CGUGGCCCCCGAUCUCGUCAAGUCACAUAUGGCAACAUUGAUUCACAUUGAUGAUGAUCGCAAGAAACAUCUGAUAACUUACCCAUCUGAGCCUGUAUUGGCUGAAGCUGCACUGGAGGUGCUAUCAGAGAAUGGUGUAGAGCUUGGGGUGUUAACGGAACUGGAUGCUGUCAACAAAUUUAGUGGAAUUCUUGAUGCAGGGCGCCAGGGGGAGUUGGUCGUGAGGUUGUUAUUCUUGAGUGCAUGGCGUCGAUUGAUCUGCUCGGAGAGAAACAGUGGUAAUAAGGUUUCGUUCUCAGUCAGACGUCCAGUUCUCAACUUUCUUCAAGAGCUCUUCGAACAGAAGCUUCCAAAGGAGAGUCUUUCCUACCUGAAAGACUUUGAAGUAGGAUUUACCCACUUUAUUGGACUUACAGAAGAACCAGACAUAUCAACACUCAAUAGCAUUUGGGAUCGGCGUGGUGCUAUGCAUUUUAAGAACAAUCAAGAAGGUUCAGAUUUUGGAUUAGUUAUUAGACAUAAGGCGGAUAAAGAACACUUAGGAGCAUUGGUGGUACAGGUCAAGAACUAUGCAGUUAAGCAGAACCAAACGGAAGAAACCUUUGCAGCAGGAUGUCAGCUUGAGCCUAGGAUUACCUUCUCUGAAGACUGUGCCAACAUUAUUAAGGAUAAUUAUCUGGCCAUUUAUGUUCACAUUG